AUGACAAAUAGUUCACUGUUCUGUCCCGUUUACAGUGACUUGGAACCAUUUACAUACUUUUUUUAUUUAGUUUUCCUCAUUGGAAUCAUUGGAAGUUGUUUUGCAACAUGGGCUUUUAUACAGAAAACCACAAAUCACAGGUGUGUGAGCAUAUACUUAAUCAACCUGCUUACAGCUGAUUUCCUGCUCACUCUGGCAUUGCCAGUAAAAAUUGUUGUUGACUUGGGUGUGGCACCCUGGAAGCUAAAGAUAUUCCACUGCCAAGUAACAGCCUGCCUCAUCUACAUCAAUAUGUACCUCUCUAUCAUCUUCUUAGCCUUUGUCAGCAUUGACCGCUGUCUUCAGUUAACACACAGCUGCAGAAUAUACCGAAUACAAGAACCCGGAUUUGCAAAGAUGAUAUCGACUGUCGUGUGGCUCAUGGUCCUUCUCAUAAUGGUGCCGAACAUGUUGAUUCCCAUCAAGGACAUCAAAGAAAAGUCAAACGUAGGUUGCAUGGAGUUCAAAAAGGAGUUUGGAAGAAACUGGCAUCUGCUGACAAAUUUUAUAUGUGUGGCAAUAUUCUUAAAUUUCUCAGCCAUCAUUUUGAUAUCCAACUUCCUUGUAAUUCGGCAGCUCUACAGGAACAGAGACAACGCAGACUGUGCAAACGUGAAGACGGCUCUAGCCAACAUUCUCUUGGUGACAGUCAGUUACAUCAUCUGCUUUGUUCCGUACCACGCUGUCAGGAUCCCGUACACCCUCAGCCAGACAGAGGUCAUAUCUGAUUGCUCAACUAGGAUCUCCCUCUUCAAAGCCAAAGAGGCCACACUGCUCCUGGCUGUGUCCAAUUUGUGUUUUGAUCCAGUCCUGUACUAUCAUCUCUCGAGCGCAUUUCGACUGAAGGUCACUGAGACUUUUGCCUCACCUAAAAAGGCUAAGGCUCAGAAAGAAAACUCAAGAUGUGAAAGUGACGUGUAAAACACGGGGUUUCGCAGACCAGCCCUGCUUUCCUACUGAACCACAAAGCUGGUCAUAGUUUUCACAGAUAAAAGAAGAUAGUUAAUGAUAAAAGCUGCUGAUGGCUAGCAAACACGGACUGGUUCCUGUGGGAAGU